AUUACCACUAUCAGUGACAAACUCACUUUCUAAAAUUCAUCAGAUGAUUUUGCAAGAAAAUAAAGUUGUUAUUGAACAUUUUUUGAUCACAAAGACAAUCUAACAGCAAUGUCCAGAGAUGUAGUGAGAUUGAAAGUGGUGGUAGCAGUCACGUGGUUAUCUCUCUUGUAAAGAAGAGAUUUUACAGUUUAUCAGUUUUCACGUGGAAAUGUCUCGUCGUAAAAGCAACCAACUGCCAAAUAACUUACCCCAACUUCAAAAUGUUAUCAAACGAGAUCCUUUAUCUUACAAAGAUGAGUUUCUACAACAAUAUCGCCAUUAUCAAUCAAACCUCGCAAUCUUCAAGAUAAAUCCAUUGCUUUCCAACCAAGUUUUUGAAGAUCUUGCUAUGUUUUUGAGUCAAGUUUCACAUUGUUAUACAAAUGAACUUGAAAAAUUUCCACAAGAAAUAAUUGAUAUUUUAACAAGUCAUUACAUGGUUAUGAAUCCAGAUGUACGGAUGACAUUGUGUAGGAGUUUGAUCUUACUUCGUAACAAAGGAUUACUCUCACCAACAAGUUUGUUAGAACUCUUCUUUCUGUUAUUUCGUUGCAAUGACAAACUUCUCAGAAAGACUCUGUAUACUCACAUUGUCAAAGAUAUUCGAAACAUAAAUGCAAAGCACAAGAACAACAAAGUAAAUAGUACUCUUCAAAAUUUCAUGUAUACAAUUUUGAAUGACAGUCAUGCUCUAGCAGCGAAAAAGUCACUUGAUGUUAUGAUUGAAUUGUACCAAAAAAACAUCUGGAGAGACGUAAAGACAGUCAAUGUCAUUUCAACAGCCUGUUUUUCACAUAUUACCAAGAUUUCAGUCACGGCUUUAAAGUUUCUACUUGAAAAAAAUCAGAAUGAUGACUCGGAAAGUGAAAGUGAGGAUGACAAGCCAACAGAAAAGCAACUCUUACUGGCCAAUCGAGUCCGCAAGAAAACAAGAAAAAGUGAAGCUAAGUUGAAAAUCGCCUUGAAAAAUAUGAAUAAACAAAAAAAGAAGCAUUCAAAAUGCACAACAUUUUCUGCAUUGUAUCUUAUUAACGAUCCACAAGGGUUUUGUGAAAGACUCUUCAAAAAACUGGGAAAUUCCACUGAAAGAUUUGAAGUUCGUGUUUUGAUGAUGAAUGUUUUGGCUUGUUUGAUCGGUGUUCACCAGCUGUUUUUGUUUAGUUUUUAUCCGUUUCUUCAAAAAUAUUUGCAGCCUCAUCAGAAAGAAGUAACCAGUAUGUUGACAUUUUAUGCUCAGGCUUGCCAUGAAUUAGUACCAUCUGAGAUUGUUGAGCCUGGCUUGAAAGCGAUUGUCAAUAAUUUUGUUACAGAAAGAAAUUCAAAUGAAGUAAUUGCUGUUGGUAUUAAUGCUGUGAAGGAGGUGUGCAUCCGCUGUCCACUAGUAAUGACUGAACAACUACUACGAGAUCUGGCUGCGUACAAGAAAUCAAAAAACAAAAGUGUUUUUAAUGCAUCAAGAUCGCUUAUACAACAAUUCCGCCUCCUCAAUCCCAGUCUCCUUCAUGAGAAAGACAGGGGUAAGAUGACUGUUCAAGAGAGAAAUGUUCGUCCUAACGAAUACGGAGAAAUGUCGUCAAAAAAUUAUGUACCCGGAGCUGAACUUCUGGACGAAAAUGAACAAAUAAAUGAAUAUGAUGUUGAGUCAAGUGAAGAUGAAUGCAGUGACAUCUUUCAAAAUAAAUGUGAUGACAACAUUGUUCAAGAAGAAUGCGGGGAAAAUACGAUAGAUAACGAAGAAAAGGAGUCAAAAGCGGCCAGAAUUAGCCAAUCAAAGAUUUUUACAAAUGAUGAUUUCAAAAAAAUGGAAGUUCAGAAAAUCAUACAGGAAGUUAACCCUCAUAAAAAGCGAAAACAUGAAAAUAUCGAAGAAACCACAGAAAGGAAAGAAUUAUUGCAUGUUGAAGAUAUAGAACAGAUUAUUAGUAAGAAAAAACGCAGUGAUAAGGAUGAAAGAGUUGCUUCAGUCAAGGCCGGUCGCGAUGGUGUUAAAAGAUCUUUUCAAAAGAAUCGUUGCAAUGAAUACACAAGUACAACAAAUAAGGAGAAAAAGAAAAACAAAACAUUCAUGAUGGUAAAACAUAAGGUUAAAGGAAAAACGAAAAAAUCUUUCCGUGAAAAACAGAUUGCACUUCGGGACUCGCUUUUAAAGAAAAAGAGAAAAACAAAGUUUUAACGCUUACUAUAAAACUAAAACCCUCUUAGAUUGUAUGCACAUGAUCAGAUAAUUAAAAUCAUAUGACAUGCAUUCUGAUAUGAAGGGAUUUCCUAUUAAAGGUCACCGUGUAAAAUUAUGUUUGAUUACAGAUACGGUCUUCCAUACACAUCUAUUCUUUGACACUCUCCUCUGUGUUCAGUGUUCUUGGAUCCAGGAUUCAUAUAAAAAAAUAAACGAACUGUGAUUUCUAAAUACUUCUGAAUAUAAUUAAAAGUGAAUGCAAUCUGAUAUCAUGUAUAAAAAUUAUAAUUCUGAACAAGAAAAUGGGUCAAAGUUUAAAA